AGGAACGCCAGCACGCCUGGGGAGCCUCCAUGUGCGCAUCAUCAGGAACUCCACCCCUAUCCCUCACCAGGUGCCGCCCUCCCCCGCAUCACGUGAUCCCAGCUCCUUCUCAGCCGGUGGGUGGAACCCCAGGAGGAAAACCCGGGGAAGCCCAGGGCCCGUGUUGUGCUUUUGGCCCAGAUAGGUGGACAGACAUGUCCCAAGCGGGUGAUGCAGAGGUCCCCAGCACCGAAGACCCUGUGCUCAGUCCCCAACACAACUGUGAGCUUUUACAGAACAUGGAAGGAGCGAGCUCCACACCAGGCCUGGGACCAGAUGGGCCAGGAACAAGCUCUGGGCCCCGAGUCAGGGCUGGCAGCAGAAGGAAGAUCCCCAGGAAGGAGGCCCAUCAAGGUGCCAGCUCCUGGGCUCCAGGUACUGCUGGGGUCUGCCCAGGGGUCUCGGAGCUGCUCGCUGUGGGACAGAGCCAGGGCUCGAGGCCGGGUCCUGGGCUCCACAUGCAGCUGCCCUCAGUACCAGCUCAGGGGAGAGCUCUGACCUCCAAGAGGCUCCAGGUUUCUCUUUGUGACAUCUUAGCUGACAGUGGCCCCAGGAAACUUUGUCACAGUUCUGCUGGCCUUCCAAAGAGAGCUCUGGUCUGCAGGGAGAGGCUUGCAGGGGUGGAGGAGGUGAGCUGCCCCAGGUCCAGGGAUGCCAGAGACAGUGGGAUGAGUUCUCCAGGGUGUGACAGAAGAAGCCCCACGGUCAGCAAAGAGGAGCCCCAUGGAAGGCCCCCGACAUCCUCACCAGGCCCAGCCUCUGUGAGGGUUAGAAAGAAAAGCAGGAAGCAGGGGGUCCAUUUGGAGGGUGGGGAAAGGGCCGGCAGCUUCCCGUGGCUUGAUCGGAGCCCUGGUGGAGACAAGCCCUUGUCUGUGGGAGACCCUCCCCAGGGUGCUGACCUGGAGUCCUUGGGAGGCCCCUGCAGAGACACUGGGUCUGGGUCUGCAGAGCCAGGUGGCAGUGGGGCAGGAUGUGCCUCAGGGACUGAGAAGUUUGGAUAUUUGCCUGCUGCAGGGGAUGGGGCCCAGCCAGGCAGCCUCUGUGGCGCUGUCAGGUUCCCAGUGCCCAGUAGAGGGGAGUCCCUCAGUCCAGCUGCACAGGCUCCUCCACAGAGCGAGGCACUGUGCCUGGGGGUGUCAGCAAGGGCCUCUGCAGAGCAGCAAGAAGCUGUGCAUGUCGUGUGGGCUGGCAGCGAUGAAGGCCGGGCUGCAGCGCAGGACCAGGAGGAGCUGCAGGUCAAGGGUCAGCCAGCAUCCAGGGGAAGGCUGGAGCAAGGACUUGCUGCCCCUGCUGACAGCUGUGUCGGUUCCCCGGAGUCCUUGUGCAGCCCCAGCUCCUCCCUGGACCCUGAAGCCAGCAGGGCCUGCUCAGGCCCAUUCAUGGAGCAGAAAAGAUCCAAGGGCGCUAAGAAGCUGAAGAAGGAUCCAGUGCCCUGUGCCCAAGACCAGGGUACAGACAGAAGCUUAGACAACUCCCACCAGGACAGGCCAGAGGAACCCAGCCCAGGAGACUGCCCCAGACUGGAGGAAGUAAGAAUACCCCAUGGGGUGAAGCUUGUGUAUUACCUGGAUUCCAGGCCAGUGAUCCAUCUCCUGGGGGCUGUCAGCCAUGGCCAGGCAGGGGGGCAGCUGGCACCAAAGCUGGAGGUUCUGGAGGACCUGAUGGAGGUCAGCUCGCUCUUACCUGCCAAGAGGCUCAGAAGGAAGAAAAGACCCAUGGUGCAGGGCCCUGCUGGGUGCCAGAGUGGCCCAAUGGAGGCUGAAGAAGAGGAACCUGUGCUGGAGGAGGGGGCGGAGGACUCAGCUCAGCUCCAACAGGAGAAGCCAUCCCUGUAUAUCGGGGUGCGGGGCACUGUUGUCCGUUCCAUGCAGGAGGUGCUGUGGACUCGCCUUCGGGAGCUCCCAGACCUGGUGCUGAGUGAGGAGGUGGUGGAGGGCAUCGCUGCUGGCAUUGAGGCAGCCCUCUGGGACCUGACGCAAGGCACCAACGGCCGCUACAAGACCAAGUACCGCAGCCUGCUGUUCAACCUGCGGGACCCCAGGAACCUGGACCUGUUUCUCAAAGUGGUUCAUGGAGAUGUCAACCCCUAUGACCUGGUGCGGAUGAGCUCGAGGCAGCUGGCCCCCCAGGAGCUGGCCCGCUGGCGGGACCAGGAGGAGAAACGGGGCCUGGAUAUCAUUGAGCAGCAACAGAAGGAGCCGUGCAGACUUCCAGCCUCCAAAAUGACCCACAAAGGUGAAGUGGAGAUCCAGCGGGACAUGGACCAGACACUGACCCUGGAGGAUUUGGUGGGACCGCAGGUGUCCAGGGACUGCAGCCCACAGGCCCCGCCCAUCGCAUCAGAGGACACCACGGGGCAGCAUGAGCACCACUUCCUAGACCCUGACUGCUGCAUCUGCAUGGACUGGAAGCCUUCAAGUGAGCUGCUGGGCUCCUUCAAAGCCACCAAGAGGCUUGGGGACUUCCAGAAAGUCCUAAGCCAAACUCCUGUGCCUGCUCCAGAGAUGCCCAAAGCCAGGGAGAUGCCUCCCACAGAACCACAGGACAGGGUCCCUCCAUCUGGGCCCCAGGUAUCUUCUGUGCCCACAGAGGCCCUGCCCUGUCUGCUGCUCUGGGAAGGUGUUCUGGACAUGUUCUCCAUCAAGCGGUUCCGGGCCAGGGCCCAGCUGGUCUCGGGACACAGCUGUCGGCUCGUCCAGACUCUGCCCACUGUGAUCCACUCAGCAGGCUGCAUCUCUCCCAACACUGUCUGGGACCUUCUGGCCAGCAUCUGCCCAGCCAAGGCCAAGGAUGUCUGCGUGAUCAGACUGUGCCCACACGGGGUUCAGGACACCCAGAACUGCCGCCUGCUCUAUUCAUACCUCAACGACAGGCAGCGCCACUGCCUGGCCUCUGUGGAGCACAUGGGGAUGAUUCUGCUGCCCCUGCCUGCCUUCCAGCCCCUGCCCACCAGGCUGCGCCCUCUCGGGGGCCCAGGUCUGGAAGUCACUCACUCAAGUCUGUUGCUGGCUGUGCUGCUCCCCAAGGAAGGGCUUCCGGACAAAGCAGCGUCCAGCCGCUGGGUGGGGAACGUUCAAAAGAUGGUCUCCUUCAACAGUAAGGUAGAGAAGAGAUACUACCAGCAGGACGACAGGAGGCCGAGUAUGCCCCUGAAGGGCACCCCUCCCCCAGGAGGCACCUGGCAGCAGAGCCACGGCAGAGGCAGUAUAGCUGCAAGGGGAAUCUGUGCUUGGCAGAGGGCCCCCAGAGGCAGGGGGAGGCUCUGGCCAAAGCCUGAAAUUUGGCAGGGUCCUGGGGGAGGGCAGUGGCCCCCAGAACCAGCCUUGCGCCAGUCCUGGCAUCCCUAUUCAGCAGCACCAGCUGGCUAUGGCCAGCACCUCCACAGGGACUCCUGUCUCCACAAAGCCCUGCUCCGGCACCUGGAAUCCCUGGUGACCAUGAGUCAACAGCUCCAAGCCUUACUGUGCUCCCCAGACCAAGAGCUCCUUCCCUCACCCUCUGUAGCAUCUGUCCAGCCCCCUGCAGCUCCAGAGCUCCCUGGCCCAGCCCCUGACUCCUCUUUGGGGCUUACAGAUGAAGCUGAUUCUGAGUGUCCCCUCCCUAGAAAGGCCUGACCCUCCUUACCCACCAGAACACUAGGGUUGAAGCCUGUUCCAGAGAGAUACUGGGCUGCAAGGAGAGGAGGGUCCUGUUUGAGCUUCCUGUUUGACAAUGUUUCCUGUUGAUAUUUCGUUCAAUAAAGAAUUAGGCAAAAUUG